UCUGUUGCAUCAUCGGAGUCUUCUUCAUCUGCCUACCCACCGCUGCCUUUCCAGGCCCCGCGGCGCCGGUCUCGGUCCACGACAAGCCUCCCGGUCCCAGUCCCAGUCCCGAACCUGACAAAAAAAUCGCGUGGACGUCGUGUGCCUACUAUUUCGUCUCUAGAGCACUCACGGCGUGGGGAGGCCGCAGAGGGUGUGAAAGGCGCUAGGAUUCAUACCUGCAAAGUCGCAGGUUGUGGCAAAUGCUUCGCUCGAGGCGAACACUUGAAGAGACAUGUUCGUAGUAUCCAUACUUACGAAAAACCGCACAAGUGUCCCUACCCAGGCUGUGGCAAGGACUUUAGCCGCCACGAUAAUCUUGGUCAACACAUGCGGGUUCAUAAG